CGAGGAGAGAAGCGUGGCUGGCAGCCCCCUAGUCCUCCCCACCACCCCGCCUCCCUGGCUUGCUGGGGUCACCUUGUCUGGAGUGGCGGCCAAGGGCUCCUUUAGACCAGACGAGCCGGUGCCUGCGCAGCCCACGUCCCUUGGAGGAGGGGGCUGCUGGGGGUGGGGCUGAGUCCCCAUGGGUCCCCCUCUCUUUCCCUUCCCCCUCCCUCUUUCCAGAACCCGCUCUAGGCUGCCGUGGGAGGGUCUUUGUUGGGGGGGUCGAGAGGCCAAGGUGAACCUGACCUUGGAUGCGGACGCGAGGGAGGAGGCUGUCAGCCCGCCCUCCCCCAGCCCCACGAGGAUGAGUGUCGGGGCUGCAAAUAGCGCCUUGGAAUCGAGAACCGAUGGAGGAACUGGUGGGGCUGUGUGAGGGCUCCGUAGGGAAGCCGGUGACUUUGCCAGAACUGUGGGGCCCAUGUCCCCACGUUCGCCAGGGCAUCCGAGGUGGCCUGGAGUGGCUGAAGCAGCGACUGUUCCGCGUGGGUGAGGACUGGUACUUCCUGGCGGCCCUCGGGGUGCUCAUGGCUCUGAUCAGCUAUGCCAUGAACUUCGCCACGGGGUGUGUUGUCCAAGUGCACAACUGGCUGUACAGGGAGAUUGGGGACAGUCACCUGCUCCGGUAUCUCUCCUGGACUGUGUAUCCUGUGGCCCUCUUGUCCUUCUCCUCGGGCUUCUCACAGAGCAUCACGGCCUCCUCUGGAGGGUCUGGAAUUCCAGAGGUGAAGACCAUGUUGUCAGGUGUGAUCUUGGAGGACUACCUGGACAUCAAGAACUUCGGGGCCAAGGUGGUGGGCCUCUGCUGCACCCUGGCCACAGGCAGCACCAUCUUCCUGGGCAAAGUGGGCCCCUUCACGCACAUGAGUGUGAUGAUGGCUGCCUACCUGGGACGUGUACGCACCAAGACUAUCGGGGAAUCUGAGAACAAGACCAAGGAAAUGGAAAUGCUAGUGGCAGGAGCGGCGGUGGGUGUGGCCACCGUCUUUGCAGCUCCUUUCAGCGGUGUCCUGUUCAGCAUCGAGGUCAUGUCCUCCCACUUCUCUGUCUGGAAUUACUGGAGGGGCUUCUUUGCCGCCACCUGUGGGGCCUUCACGUUCCGUCUCCUGGCGGUCUUCAACAGCGAGCAGGAGACCAUCACAUCCAUCUACAAAACCAGCUUCCGGGUGGAUGUGCCUUUUGACUUGCCAGAGAUCUUCUUUUUUGUGGUCUUGGGGGCAGUCUGCGGCAUCCUGAGCAGUGCUUACAACUUCUGUCAGAGGACCUUCCUAGGCUUCCUCAAGACUAACAGGUUCACCUCCCAACUGCUGGCUACCAGCAAGCCUCUGUACGCGGCUCUGGCUGCCCUGAUCCUGGCUUCCAUCACCUAUCCCCCCGGCGUGGGCCGCUUCAUGGCUUCUCGGCUGUCUAUGGGGGAGCAUUUGGAAUCACUGUUUGACAACAACUCAUGGGCACUGAUGACCUGGAACUCAUCCCCACCCUGGCCUGCUGAGCUGGACCCCCAGAACCUGUGGCUUGAAUGGUACCACCCGCAGUUCACGGUCUUUGGAACGCUGACCUUUUUUCUGGUCAUGAAGUUCUGGAUGCUGAUUCUGGCCACCACGAUUCCCAUUCCUGCCGGGUACUUCAUGCCUCUGUUUGUCUAUGGAGCUGCCAUAGGGCGCCUCAUGGGGGAAGUCCUCUCUGCUGCCUUCCCAGAGGGCAUCAUGUCUGGAGGGGUGGCCAAUCCCAUCAUGCCUGGGGCCUAUGCUCUGGCAGGGGCUGCCGCCUUCUCGGGAGCAGUGACCCACAGUAUCUCCACGGCGCUGCUGGCUUUUGAGAUAACUGGUCAGAUCGUUCAUGCUCUGCCAGUGCUGAUGGCAGUGCUGGUGGCCAAUGCCAUCUCCCAGAGCUGCCAGCCCUCCUUCUAUGAUGGCACCAUCAUUGUCAAGAAACUUCCAUACCUUCCAUGGAUUCGAGGCCGCAAUAUUGGCUCCUACCCUGUGACCGUGGGGCACUUCAUGAACACCUCCAUCACCACGCUGGCCAAGGACAUGCCCCUGGAGGAGGUGCUCAAGGUCGUGACCUCCACAGAUGUGACCCGAUACGUCCUGGUGGAGAGCGCAGAGUUCCAGAUUCUAGUGGGCACCGUGGAAAGGACCCAAUUAAUGCAGACCCUCCAGGCUGAGCCAGCUUCCUGGGCUCUAGGCCAACAGUGCUGUCUCCAGGACCUGUUGGCUGGGGGCUGCGCCACACAGCCAGUGACCCUGCAGCUGUCCCCAGAGACCUCCUUGCAUCAGACACACAACCUCUUUGAACUGCUGAACCUUCAGUGGCUGUUGGUGACAUCACGAGGCAGAGCUGUGGGCUCUGUGUCCUGGGUGGAGUUGAAGAAAGCAAUUUCUACCCUGACCAAUCCACCUGCCACCAAGGAAGCCAGCCUGGGGCUUCAGAACAAGGUCUAGUGUCUGAGGCUGUGGAGGCCCACCUCCUUUCCCCAUCACUAUCUGCAUCCCUCCAGGCCGGCUCAGCUUCUUGGCACAGCAGGCAGUCUGCCUAGCCUCAUAAAGGACCCUUCCCCAUUCAUUGUGUCCCAAUCCACGGGGACAACAGCUCCUGCCUUGAGGGACAAGUUGUACCCUUAGAUGGAGCUGAGAGUGUGAAUAAAGACAUUGAUGCGUGCUGUCA